AUGGGGACUUUAGGAAAGGGUGUAAUGGGAGCUACAGGAGUGCUUGCUGUUGUGCACUGUGUUGCCUUGUACCUCCUACAGACGGUGGCGCUGAGUUCAGAGAGGUUCACAGUGACUGGGUUGACUAGGCCAGUCUUGGCUCCAUUGGGUGGAAACCUUGAACUCAGUUGUCAGUUGUCCCCACCACAAGAUGCACAGCACAUGGAGAUUCGCUGGUUCAGGAACCACUAUACACAGCCCGUGCACCUGUACAGGAAUGGGAAAGAACUGCAUGGAGAAACUAUCCCCAAGUAUGUGGAGCGGACUGAACUGCUGAAAGAUGACAUUGGAGAAGGGAAAGUGACACUCAGGAUCUUUAGGGUGACUGUUGAUGAUGAUGGACCAUACCGCUGUGUCUUCAAAAAUGGUGAAUUCUAUGAAGAGCACAUCACAGAGGUCAAGGUUACAGCCAUAAACUCAAACAUACAGAUUCUUCUGCAUCCCCCAAAUAUCAAAGGAAUGAUGUUGGAGUGUCAUUCAGGAGGUUGGUACCCACUACCACUUAUGGAAUGGAGAGACAGCAAAGGAGAAGUCAUUCCAGAGACAUCAAAAUCCCAUUCACGGGAUGGAAACAAAUUGUUCAACAUGACAAUGGCCCUUCUUAUUAACACCAGCUCCCACUGGAAUGUCACUUGCUACCUUCAAAAUCAUCUAACUCAACAGGAAGAAAGCAUAAAUAUUGUCCUAUCAGGUGAACUGUUUUCAUGGAAAUGUGUUUGGAGGGGAAUUCUGUGUAUAAUAGCAUUUGUGAUGAUAGUCUCCCUUGUGACUUCCUGUGUUCAGCAACAUUUCAUACAUGGUAACUUCUCUGGGAGAUUUUCCCAUUGGCUAAAGGGCUCAGUGGUGUUCAUCAUUUCCAUGUUUGCAAUUAUAGGAGUAAUGCUCAUUUUGCAUCUAAAACAAAGAGUCCAAGUUUCAGAUCCACAUUUUGAAUUGGACACUUUGUGGUUAGAAGAUAUUAGUGUUGUCCUGUGUGUGCUGAUAGUGUUCAUCAUCAAACUUGUUUCAUUUAUUUACUUCAGACUGGAAGGUAAAUAUCCUGGGAAUGGUGGCGACUCCGAAGAUCUAGUUCAUGUGGCUUAUGCUCAGAUGUCUAGAAGAUGA